AUGAAGCUGCAGGCCGUAAUGGAGAACCUGCACAGGCAGCAAAGGGCCAAGCUGUUGAUGGAGCAACAGCUUCAGCAGCAAGCAGCCAUCCAGCAUGCUCAUGUCCGCCCAGGUGGAGUAACGGGGGACGACUCUCUAAGCAACCCGGCACCUGAGACUGAGCAAGCCCAGUUGGUGGCCCUGGCAGCCAUGCGUGCGGCGGCAGCCGGGUUACAGAGGGUGUCAGACAGUCACAUGUCGGAGCGCAGCAGCGGCAGUGAGGGGGAAGGUGAUGACGAGGAAAAUGAUGGAGAAGAACAAUACAAAGAUAUGAUGGGGUCUGACGAGGAGGAGCAAAUCAAACAAAAAUGGGAUGAGGAGGACUUUGAAGGCGAGAUGGAUGAAGACUUUGACGAUGACAUGGCAGAGGAAGGUCUACCCACAGGCCACAAUGCAGUUGUGCCUGGGAAAGGCAUCCUCCUGCUGCCCCACCGCCAGCUCCAUCCUCACUCUCAGCUGCUGAAGGCUCGCCCCAGUGUUGACCAAGAACCUCGCAUUGCCAUAUUACCUCCACACACCACUCACAGCCAUCUGGGCCAAGAUCAUGGGGAAUGGACCUAUGAGGAGCAAUUUAGACAGCUAUACGAACUGGAUGGAGACCCAAAAAGGAAAGAAUUUCUGGAUGACCUCUUCAGCUUCAUGCAGAAAAGAGGAACCCCUGUGAAUCGCAUUCCCAUCAUGGCCAAGCAGGUCCUAGAUCUGUACAUGCUCUACAGGCUGGUGACGGAGAAGGGCGGCCUAGUAGAGGUCAUCAACAAAAAACUGUGGCGAGAGAUCACAAAGGGACUCAAUCUGCCUACCUCAAUCACCAGUGCAGCCUUCACCCUCCGUACACAAUACAUGAAGUACCUGUACCCAUAUGAAUGUGACAAGAGGGGUCUGAGCAACCCCAACGAACUUCAGGCCGCCAUUGACAGCAAUCGCCGAGAAGGCAGACGACAGAGUUUUGGCGGGUCUCUCUUCACUUACUCUCCCAAUGGGACACCCACCAUGCUGUCUUCACCCAAGCUCUCCACGCCCACCAUGGGUUUGACCGUAGGCACCAAUGGGGCCUCGCUCACCCCCAUCCAGAAGAUUAAAAAAGAAGAAGAGGGCGGACAGCCUUUCCAUGGAGUUGGUGCACCUCGCAUGCCGGUGGGAGCCCUAGCUGGUCACUCAGUGGCUGCCGUGCAGGCGGCGGCCCAGGCGGCAAUGGCGGCUCAGGUUGCAGCUUUGGAACAGCUGAGGGACAAACUGGAGGCUGGAGAACCGCCGGAGAAAAAAAUGGCAGUGCCAGCAGAGGAGCAUCAUCGACUGCUCCAGAGAGCACUGCAACACAACUUACUGGCCAUGACAGCCCAGAUACCCAUGAACAUCCGCAUCAACCAACAAGAUGGCAGGCAGGACUCAGCCGUGAGCCUCACUACCAACGGCACAAGCAGCAUAAGCAUGUCAGUCGAACUCAAUGGAGUCAUGUACACUGGUGUCCUUUAUGCUCAGACAGCAGCCGGGUCAGCCCCUGCGGGUGCGUCCCUUUCGAGCAAGCCUGUCGGCAGCCGUGUAUCUCCUCAUCAUCUGCAGCAUCAGACUACACCUACCUCAACAUCCAGCAACCCAGUGUCUUAA